AUGCCGAAUAACUGCCGCCGUUUCGAAGGAAAAGUGGCGAUUGUGACGGCGGCGACGAAGGGGUGAGUCUUCGACUGCUGCUGCAACACUCGGCACACAAAAUCACACUGAUAAAACUACGGAAUUGUUCAGAAUCGGUCUCGCCAUCGCCGAACGUCUUCUGGCCGAGGGAGCGUCCGUUGUGAUUGGCAGCAGAAAUCAGAAGAAUGUGGAUGAGGCGGUCGAGUAUUUGAAGAGCAAGGGGCUCACUCAAGUGGCCGGAAUCGCAGGACACAUCGCCAGCACUGAUGAUCAGAAGAAACUGGUUGACUUUGUAAGGGACAUUUAUACAUUUUUUGCUUUACAGGAAAGAAUUUAACUGUAACAUUUUCAGACCAUUCAAAAGUUCGGAAAAGUCAACAUCCUUGUCAACAAUCAUGGAAUCAACCCGGCAUUCGGGCACAUUCUCGAAGUGACCGAUCAGAUUUGGGACAAACUGUUUGAUGUGAACGUGAAGGCCGGCUUCCAGAUGACCAAGCUCGUGGCUCCGUUGAUCGCCAAAGAAGGCGGAGGCUCGAUCAUCUUCAAUGCGUCCUACUCUGCCUACAGAAGUCCGCCGGGAAUCGCUGCCUACGGAGUCACCAAGACGACCGUCGUAGGGCUCACAAAGGCUCUGGCGAUGGGACUAGCGAAGGAUAACAUCCGAGUGAACGGAAUCGCUCCGGGAGUUAUCAAGACCAAGAUGAGCGAAGUGGUGAGGAAUUGAAGAAGCGACUGCUUGCAAAGUGUUCAUUUUCAGCUAUGGGCAGGAGGAGAAGAAGCCGAAAAGGAACUGACGGAAGUGCAGGAGAUCGCCCUCGGAAGGCUUGGAGUCCCAGAAGAUUGUGCCGGCACGGUGGCCUACCUCGCUUCAGAUGACGCCGCCUACGUGACCGGAGAGAUGAUCGUCGUCGCCGGAGGAGUUCAAGCCCGUCUCUAA